AUGUCUCAACCAGUGGAGACAGAAGACUCUGUGUCAGGCAGGCAAAAGGAACAAUUUCAAGAAGUGGAGGAUAAUAGCGCAGGGGGCGCGCAGCACACAGGAAGCAACCGUGCACAAUACCCGCAACUGCAUCGUUGUGAUUCUGCCACCAUUUUCAAGUGGUGCCUGGUCCAGGGCUCUAUCCUGAAGAAGGCGCUGGAGGCGCUUAAGGACCUCAUCAACAAGGUCUGUUGGGACAUCAGCUCCAGUGGCGUGAACCUGCAGAGCAUGGAAUCGUCUCAUGUCUCUUUGGUGCAGCUCACCCUGCACUCCGAGGGCUUCCACACGUACUGCUGUGACCGCAAUUUGGCCGUAGGUGUGAACCUCACCAGCAUGUCCAAAACACUAAAAUGUGCUGGCAAUGAAGACAUCAUUACACUAAGGGUUGAAUAUAAGGCAGACACCUUGGCACUAGUGUUUGAAGCUCCAAAUCAAGAAAAGGUUUCAGCCUAUGAAAUGAAGUUAAUGAAUUUAGAUGUUGAGCAACUUGGAAUUCCCGAACAAGAGUACAGCUGUGUAGUAAAGAUGCCUUCUGGUGAGUUUGCAUGUAUAUACCGAGAUCUCAGUCAUAUUGGAGAUGCUGUUGCAAUUUCCUGUGCAAAAGAUGGAGUGAAAUUUUCUGCAAGUGGAAGACUUGGAAAUGGAAAUGUUAAGUUGUCACAAAUGAGUAAUGUUGAUAAAGAAGAGGAAGCUGUUACCAUAGAGAUGUAUGAACCAGUUCAGCUAACUUUUGCACUGAGGUACCUGAACUUCUUCACAAAAGCCAUUCCACUCUCUCCUACAGUAACACUCAGUAUGUCUGCAGAUGUACCCCUUGUUAUAGAGUAUAAAAUUGCUGAUAUGGGACAUUUAAAGCACUAUUUGGCUCCCAAGAUCAAAGAUGAAGAAGGCUCUUAG